ACUGUUGGUCAUUGUUGUUUAUUUAUGUUUCUUGAUAACUGUGGCUCUACAUUGUGUUGACAUGACUUGACUCACUCCAUUUAUUCAUCAGGUGUUUUCAUAAAACUAGAUACUCUAGAUUUCAAACUCCAAUCCAAUGCUUUUGCAUACCGUGUUCCUUGUUUUGAUUUUGGCUUCAUCUUCAUUGAGUGCAGAAAAGUUUUUCUGGGAUUUGAAUCUUCCAAGAAAUCAUCUACCAUUUGUGUUUGGUCAUCAUAAAGAAGUCGCAAAGUCAUGUGUCCAGGAUAGUCGAUGCCCAUAUAAGGAUCUUGUUGAUGACAAAACAAAUCAAUGUUGGGGGUAUGAAGACAAUUGUGACAGAAAACAAUCCUAUUCAAAGGAAGAACCGAAAGGUUGUGGUUCACAACAAGUGAAGAAUGAUUUUUGGUUUAGAGCUGAUUUUGGGUUUGUAACAAAUAUACAGCAAGAAUUGAAAGAUAUUGCAAUCUGUCUACCUAAAGAUACUGAUGAUUCUUCUCUUACAUGUUCGAGACACAUGAGAUACUGCAAAGCGAAAAAUCUAUAUCUUGAUUUUAGAAAGCAUAAACCUGAAAAUGACAGAUUUAAAUCUGAUAUAUUUGAGAAAGGAAUGAUAGGUGGACAUUGUACAUUGGACUCGGAAUUACUUAAUAAACAAGGGCAGCAUGCUUAUCCAUUGCAAUCAUGGUAUUCCGAAUUACAGAACUAUACUAAUCUCAGUUUCCGACCAUUGCAUGAUGAUCAUGGGUCCAAUUGUGAUGUCAUAAUAGAAAAACCUACAGUAUUGAUGAAAUUGGACAGCGGAAUCAACCUUUAUCAUCAUUUUUGUGAUUUUUUCAAUCUCUAUUUAUCUCAGCAUGUCAACAAUUCAUGGUUUGACACCGAUAUACAAAUCGUUAUGUGGGAUACGUCUUCUUUAGGAUAUUUUGACAUUGCCACUGCUGCUUGGAAUGCAUUCACUGAUCAUCCUAUCAUUAAACUUCAAGACUGGAAAGGGAAGAGAGUUUGCUUGAAAGACGCAAUGUUUCCUCUUUUACCGAGAAUGAGAGGUGGCUUGUAUUACAACACAUAUAUACCAAAUGGUUGUGUUGGUUCAUCUAUGUUCCGAGCUUUUUCCGAACAUUUUCUGCAUAGAAUGGGAGUGACACAAAAUGAUAUUGCAACAGAAAAUUCAACUAAAAUUCGAGUUACUUUGUUGGAACGAGGUAAACCAGAAGAUGAACAUGUUUUUCGCAAAAUUAAGAAUCAGGAUGAAUUGAUCGAAGUUAUGAAGGAAUUCCCAGAUUUUGAAAUAAAGGUUGUGCAAUAUAAAUGGAAAGACAUAUCAUUUGUGGAACAGUUGAAGAUCACACACAACAGCGACAUAUUUAUUGGAAUGCAUGGAGCUGGGCUGAUUCAUUUUCUGUUUCUACCUGAUUGGGCUGUAGCUUUUGAAUUGUACAAUUGUGAUGAUGAGAGAUGUUACCGUGACUUGGCCCGUCUGCGUGGACUGGAUUAUAUUACAUGGGAAAAGCCAAAACCCAUUCCAUCUGAUCAAGGAAAACAUAAACGUUAUGGCGAUCACAUGAAAUUUUGGAAUUGGUCUUUUGAUCCAAAUGAGUUUCGAACUUUGAUCAGAAAUGCGCGAGCACUACUGCUAGUUGAUCCACGCGUUCAAAAAAGAAUGAAGCAGAUCAAUGAAAAAAAUAGUCAACAUGUCGAGUUAUGAGGAAAUAAACUACCUGAUUUACAUGACCCAAACACAAAACUUCUUUUAUGACGGUUGAUUAUUUGAAAAGUCUCACUCUCCGAUGUUUGAGUUGUCUGAACGUAGUAUCUUAUUCCAAAUGUUAUUUUUAUCAUCUGAUGAUUCUAUGUUAUCCUUUCAUAUAUUUUUAUAUCAAGUGUUUCAGCAUGGAAGUGACAGUUGAAGUCUGGCCCAAAACCUAACUGACCCCAAUUCACUGUUUAUGCGCAAUCAUGACUUUCAUCAACAGUUCUUUUACUGCCAAGACAUAUAUGAACUACCCUACAUGUUCUGUGCUGUACCUUAUCCCACUGUAAGCUGCCUUGUUAUUGUUUUUCUCAGAAACUUGAUACUUAUCUCAAUUGAAUAUUGUUUCAUAUAAAAUUGUGUCUUAAAAAUGAAAUAUUCAUAAUAUAUAAACAGGUGUCUUAAUGUGAGUAACAAGCGUUGAGAAAACGCUUGUCACCUCACCUGAUUGCCA